AUGGCUCCCUCCAAAGAGCCCACGAGCACGAAAUGGGACCAUGAGUACCACACGCUCCGAAGGGAGAAGCUGUUUCAGAACCCUCCCACAGAUCGCACGGCCUAUCCUCUCCUUCAACUUGCUGUGAACCCCCACAUCGAAUCUUUCAACGCCCUCUUCCGACCAGACCGCCGGUCAGGCCCCAAUGCCAAAUCUCUCCUCGCCCACGCCCUCGCCGAUAUCGGCACCAAAACCUAUUUUGACACCGAGGCAAACAAGUUGACGAUCCGAUACAAGGAUGUAUCGUUGCAGAGGUCAACCGUGCCCCCGACAAACAAGUUCGCACGUACCCGAGAAAUCUUUCCCGCCGAGUGCAGAGAACGACAUGUCACGUAUCGCGGCAAGCUUUCUGCGACUUUCGAGUAUCAGAUUAACGAUGGCGAACCUCAAGAGUUUACGCGCGACCUCGGACAGGUCCCUAUCAUGAUCAAGUCCAACAAAUGCCAUCUGGAGGGUAACUCGCCAGCACUACUUGUGGAGAGAAAGGAAGAGUCAGAAGAGCUUGGUGGCUACUUCAUCGUCAAUGGUAUCGAGAAGAUCAUUCGACUGCUACUUAUGAACCGACGAAACUUCCCGCUCGCUAUCAACCGGCCGAGUUUCCAAAACCGCGGAGCUUCCUACACUCCCUACGGUAUCAUCAUGCGAUCAGUCAGGCCCGAUGAGACGUCUCAAACCAAUGUCUUGCAUUACUUGAAGGACGGCAACAUCACCUUCCGCUUCUCCUGGAGAAAGAACGAGUAUCUCAUCCCUGUGGUGAUGAUCUUGAAGGCCCUCAUCGAGACAAACGACCGAGAAAUUUUCGAGGGACUGGUUGGUCCACCUGGAUCCAAGGGUAUCGAGAAUACCUUCUUGACAGAUCGGGUCGAAAUGUUGUUGCGCACAUACCACAACUACAGCCUGUUCAGCAAGUCGCAGACUCGUGCCUAUCUUGGCGAGAAGUUCCGAGUUGUGAUGGGAGUACCGGAAACCAUGUCGCAUUAUGACGUGGGCACUGAGUUCCUCCGAAGAAUCGUUCUGGUGCAUCUAGGAAACGUUGAUGUCACUGAGGAGCAGGAUGCGGACAAGUUCAAUAUGCUCCUGUUCAUGAUCCGGAAGCUGUACGCCCUUGUCGCUGGUGACUGCACCGUCGAUAACCCCGAUGCUGUGCAGAACCAGGAAAUUCUUCUUGGCGGUUUCCUCUACGGCCAGAUUCUCAAGGAAAAGCUUGAUGAAUUCCUCUCAACCAGUGUGCGGCUCACAUUGCGAGAUUAUUUCAGGAGAAACUCAGCCAACAUCUUCACCUCCGAGCCGUUCCAGAAAGACUUUCCCGUCGCGAUCUUCAGGAGGGCGAACGAAAAUGUCGGAAACGCACUGGAGUAUUUCCUCUCAACGGGUAAUCUACAAAGUCCGUCUGGGCUAGACCUACAACAGACCUCGGGUUUCACGGUCGUGGCAGAAAAGCUCAACUUCUUGCGCUUCAUCAGCCAUUUCCGCAUGGUACAUCGUGGUAGUUUCUUCGCCCAAUUGAAGACCACGACCGUCCGAAAGCUUCUUCCCGAGUCCUGGGGCUUCCUGUGCCCCGUUCACACGCCUGACGGUGCUCCCUGCGGUCUGCUGAACCACCUUGCGCACAAGUGCAAGAUUCUUACCGAAGCCUCUGACGCUUCCGCGGUGCCCCAGCUUGCUGCAGAGCUUGGCAUCGUUCAAAGCUCAUCUGCUGCUACGGACGAGAGCGUUGUGGUCAUGCUCGAUGGCAAGAUCAUCGGCUGGUCCACACCUACCGAAUCCAAGCGCAUCGCAGACACCUUGCGCCACUGGAAAGUUGACGGCUCGCACCCAGUGCCCCUCAAUCUUGAGAUUGGAUAUGUGCCUCCUUCCAACGGCGGUUCUUACCCUGGUAUCUACAUGUCCUCUGCCCCCGCAAGGAUGGUCAGGCCGGUGAAGUAUCUGCCUUUGGAGAAGGAAGACUUCGUCGGCCCCUACGAGCAGCCGUACAUGUCUAUCGCCUGCACGGAGCCAGAAAUUGUGUCUGGCCUGUCCAGCCACGUCGAGUUCGACCCCACCAACAUUCUUUCUAUCCUGGCCAACAUGACUCCCUUCUCAGACUUCAACCAGUCCCCUCGAAACAUGUAUCAGUGUCAAAUGGGUAAACAAACCAUGGGUACUCCUGGAACCGCUAUCCGUUACCGGACAGACAACAAGAUGUAUCGUCUUCAGACUGGUCAAACUCCAAUUGUCCGUGCUCCGUUGCACAACGACUACGGUUUCGACAAUUUCCCCAACGGAACAAACUGCGUCGUUGCAGUCAUCUCGUACACUGGUUAUGACAUGGACGACGCUAUGAUCAUCAACAAAUCCGCUCACGAACGAGGCUUCGGUCACGGUACGAUUUACAAGACGAAGAAGAUUAGUCUGAAGGAUGACUCGAGAACACGCUCAUCUAAGAGUGCGAGCAAGCUCUUUGGUUUUGCACCCACUGGCGCGAUCAAGGCACAGCAUCGGGAGGUUCUGGACGAGGACGGUCUUCCCUAUGUCGGACGCAUGGUAGAACCUGGCGAUAUCAUCUGUGCUUGGCAUACAGUGUCGGCCGAUUAUAAUGGUUCGCUGAUUAACCGUGACGGUAUUACCCAUUUUGAAAAGUACAAGGAUGAAGAGACUGCCUUUAUCGAGGAAGUCAGGGUCAUUGGCAGUGAGACUGGCAGCGAACCGGCGCAGACGAUCUCCAUCAAGUUCCGCAUUCCGCGUGCGCCUGUCAUCGGCGACAAGUUCUCGUCUCGGCACGGUCAAAAGGGUGUAUGCUCGCAAAAAUGGCCUGCCACCGACAUGCCUUUCUCAGAGUCCGGUAUACAGCCCGAUGUUAUCAUCAACCCCCACGCUUUCCCGUCUCGAAUGACCAUCGGUAUGUUUGUCGAGUCGCUGGCUGGAAAGGCGGGCGCUCUUCACGGCCUGGCCCAGGACUCUACUCCCUUCAAGUUCGACGAGCACAACACGGCGGCCGAUUACUUUGGCCACCAGCUCAUGAAGGCUGGUUACAACUACCACGGUAAUGAGCCAAUGUACUCGGGUAUCACAGGCGAGGAACUUGCAGCGGAUAUCUACGUCGGUGUGGUUUACUAUCAGCGUCUCAGACACAUGGUGAACGACAAGUACCAAGUACGAACGACUGGCCCGAUCGUGCCGACCACGGGUCAGCCAAUCAAGGGAAGGAAACGUGGUGGCGGUAUCCGUGUCGGUGAGAUGGAGCGCGAUGCCUUGCUUGCUCACGGCACAGCAUUCCUCCUCCAAGACCGUCUGCUCAACUGCUCGGACUAUUCUCGCAGCUGGAUCUGUCGGACAUGCGGGUCUUUCCUGUCUGUCCAGCCGACCGUCUCGCCCUUUGUCGGCAAGAGGAAAGCCAUCAACACCGUGCGGUGCAGGAACUGCGCGAAGCGGUUGGAUCAGAUCGAGGAUCUGGACGUGUCGCGAUUGGACGGCGAGAUCUGGGAGGAUGGGCAGGGCGUACAGUGGAUCGGUGGCACAAACACCACCAUUGUCGUGGUGCCGGGAGCUCUCAAGUUCUUGGACGUGGAGCUCGCAGCUAUGGGUGUGAAGCUCAAGUACAGGGUCGAUCCCAAGGAUGCCCCGCGGAAAGGGCCGCUCAAGCAGGCCGCGUUCGACGGCGUCAAUGUGGAGAAGGUCAAGAGGAUAGAGCCUCCGGCGCAAAACGGUUCGGUUUAA